ACCUAUCCGUUAUAUAUAGCUAUUACUCAGGUACCCGAGCACUUCUUGUCAGCUUCUCCUGACAGGCGAGAAACAGUGACAUUGCAGUUUUCAACCAUGGCGAAGAACGGACACAACAUCGCUCACGGGGUAAUCUCAGGAAUUGUUUUAAUUGCUGGGAUCAUCCUGUGCAUCGUGGUCAGCGUGGGCGUCCACAAGGUGGAAAAGUUGUUUGGAAACUGGGAGCGACCUUUCGGCAACGAUGGACUUGAAGUUCCAGAACGUGAGAGAGACGAUUUCCGCAUGGACAGCGAAGAACAUGAACAUCGCCACCGACCAGGACAUGCUCAUCAUCACGAGCACCACCGUAGACAUCAUGGAUUUAUGAUGCUAUGGGCUGUUGGCUUUGCCUACAUCCUGCCUGGCCUCUUCGGAGUCAUCUCAGCCUUCACGAAGAAGAAGGGAGUGUACAUCACCCACAUGGUGUUCAGCAUCAUGACCCUCCUCGUCAUGGGAAUCGCCUUCGUUGUGGGAGUCGUGGCCUUGGGUAGCUUGGCCGUCUCCCACCCCAACCAGUGUACUCCUCUAGGAGAGAAGUGUCAAUGCACAUCGGAAGAUAUGUACGAGCCGUUGACCCUCGAAAUGACCUGUGACAACCUCCACUGCCUCUACGUCAUGUGCAUCAUCGUUGUCCUCGUCGUCGUCUCCGGCUGGAUACUCACCCUCGUCAGCACCAUCCUCUCCGGCGUCCUCAUCUGCAGGCGGGAGUCUGCCGGUGGUGUCGUCAUUCAGAAGACCCCCAUGGCUCCCGCGGUCAUCCACAGCAGUGUGCUUGGGUUCGGGGAUGGCGAGAAGAAGGGACUUCCCCAGACCCACGACGCCGCCAAGCUGGUUACAAACAUGGAGAUUUAGACACUCCAUUUUGGCGACGAUCGUCUUUAAAUAUCCAAGCUUUCUUUCUUUUUUACCUAAUGUCCUGUUAAUACUGAAAACUAUUUUGCCAAGUUGGUAUUAUACAAGUUGUAUCAAUGAUCUGAUUGAAAUCUCACUAAGACAAGUCAACUGAGCAAGCACCUGUUCUAACCCGUGUGACAGUCUCUCGUUUGCGCACUUUCAUUCUGCAAUACUUGUUUACUCUUUAGACAGGUUUUAUCACUAUUUUUCUCUCGUUCAUAUUAGACAGGUUUUGUCACUAUUUGCUAGCGUAUGUCUACUAUUUUUUCUAGUUUCAAUAUUUCUAACAACUUAUGAGAUUUCUUCUUUACACUAACAAACGUAUUCCGUGUUGUUUUGUUACAAUAUAAACAGAUUAUCCGCGCACAAAUAUAUAAAUUGAAAUAUCGAUUUUUAAAAAUGAAAGUGUAUAUUGUAUGUAUAAGAACAUUCCUCGUUGUCGGAUCAAGACCUGUUAAAACACACAGUGUCAAUGAAAUAUUAACGUUGUUGUAAAUUAGCCGAAGUACACGCCAGGCAAGGCGGUGAGAAGAGACUUUUACCUGCUGUACUUAACUACAUGAUCCCUCCGAAUUAAUUUUGAAUUAAACUUUACAUUGUUGGUAUUGUUAAGAAAUGUUUUUGAAAAUAAAAUGCUGUAUUUCUGUAGAAAAA